AUGCAAAACAUUGAAAUUAACUAUGGUGAGGUAGUUUACCAUAUAAUUUGCCAGAGAGAGCAUCUAGUUCGAGAUAUCUACUAUCAAUUGUACAUCUUUACCAAUGCUAUAACUCUCUCAACUGAAAUAGAGUCACCAACUCCCAAAUAUAUGGUUCCGAUAAAUCUAGAAAAUAAUAUACAUUGGGUAAAAAACAACUAGAGAGUGUUGACUCAAUUUGGCAUUGAGUACAAAGGAACAGUCAAGUAUUUCACAGCCCCAGAACAGGAGCUAAAAAUCUUCAAGAGAAUAGUCAAAAACAAAAUAAUGUAUCGAGAAGUUAGUGACUUCUACCAACCAUUAAAACUCUUGGGCAAGGGAGGAUCUUCUAAGGUUUAUUUGGUCCAUGACAAGGACAAUUCAGCCGAAUUUGCAUCUAAAUGUAUAGAGAAAAGAUAUCUCCGAGAAGACGGUGGCUAUACUGCCUUAUUCAAUGAGAUUAGUAUCAUGGCCAACCUCGACUUCGAAUAGAUCGUUAAACUAGAAGAAGUGUACGAAGGAGACAACACAUUUUAUCUCAUACUUGAAUAUCUGAAAGGACCAAGUCUACAUGAUCUAUGUAAUAGUAGAAGUACCACACAACCUUUGACUUGGGAGUAAAUUAAAUAGAUCAUGUGGUAAUUACUCAAAGGAGUGGCUCAUAUGCAUAGUUUAAAUAUUAUGCAUCGUGAUCUAAAACCAGAGAAUAUCAUGUUUAAAGAGCAUGGUUCAGUUUAAGGUCUUAGAAUAGUUGAUUUUGGCUUGGCCACAAAUACAAAUGUGGAAAAGUACCCAUUUCCUAAAUGUGGCACUCCUGGAUAUGUUGCUCCAGAAAUUGCUAAUCUCAAAGAUCUCACUGUAAAAUACGAUAAGAUCUGUGAUAUGUUUAGCGUUGGUUGCAUCUUCUAUAAAUUAAUUACAUAGAAAGAUUUAUUCCCAGGAAUAGACUACCAUGAAAUACUUAAACUAAACAAAAAAUGCUACGUCAAUCUUGAUAAUCUUCAAAUGUUCAAAGCCCCCUCUUCAGCUGUUGAACUCAUUUCUUCAAUGCUUAAUCCCAAUCCCAGUCUAAGAAUCUCAGCUUCAAGAGCCUUAGAACAUUUAUUUUUUGUUCAAAGUCCCUAAGCUGAUAUUCGCAUUAGCUUUUAAACUAAAAAGCGACUAGACCCUUAGAAUAAAUUAUGGUAGACUCAACUUUUUAAAAAUAUCAAAUCUGAUAAAAUUCAACUUCCUGAGAUUCCACUUAAGCUUAGACAAUAAGCAAAAGAGGAUGAGGUGAUAGAGGAUGAAAAAAUCACUAUAAAUGUUCCUGCCAUGAAAAGUCCAAGAUUUUAAUAAUAAAUUAAAUAGAAAAAUAUCAAUCUCAUUGACAGUCAACCCUCAACUCCCAGAACAAAAUAGAUUAAAAAAUAUUCAACUUAAGAGUAUGAUCUAUCAUCUGAUGCUUCAUCGCCUGAUUCUGCUAGAAUGAGACCAACAAUUGUGCUUAAAAACUCAACAUAAAGUUCAGCCAAAGCACAAACUCCCAGAGCCCGACCCAGCAAACAGAUUAUUUUGUAAAGGUAGAUGUCAAAUCAGCCAAUUGAGGAAGUCAAUGAAGAAGAAAUCAAAGCAUGA